AAUGUCUGCAGCAUGCGACUUCGUUGCACUCCACACUGGGCAAAAGAUGCCUCUCGUAGGACUGGGAACUUGGAAAAGUGAACGUGGCCAAGUGAAAGAAGCAGUGAAAUAUGCCCUAAAUGUGAGUUAUCGCCACAUAGAUUGCGCAGCAGCUUACAGCAAUGAAGCAGAGAUUGGUGAGGCUUUUCAGGAAUGCCUUGGGCCCAGCAAGGUUAUUAAAAGGGAGGACCUGUUUGUAACAUCAAAGCUCUGGAAUACCAAGCACCACCCAGAAGAUGUAGAGCCAGCACUAAGGAAAACACUUGGAGAUUUGAAACUGGAUUACCUGGACCUGUAUCUCAUGCACUGGCCUCAUGCCUUUGAACGAGGGGACAAUCUCUUCCCAAAGAAUCCUGAUAACACGAUGCGUUAUGAUUACACUGAUUACAAGGAUACCUGGAAGGCUAUGGAGAAGCUGGUAGAAAAAGGUCUUGUGAAAGCCAUUGGGCUGUCAAACUUCAACAGUCGUCAGAUCGAUGAUGUACUAAGUGUGGCCACUGUCAAGCCAGCUGUGCUCCAGGUAGAAUGCCAUCCUUACCUAGCUCAGAACGAGCUGAUAGCUCACUGCCAGAAACGAGGUCUGGUUGUCACUGCCUACAGUCCCCUUGGUUCUCCAGAUCGCAUGUGGAAACACCCAGAUGAGCCUGUGCUUCUAGAAGAACCCGGGAUCAAAAAACUGGCAGAAAAAUAUAGCAAGUCACCUGCACAGAUCCUCCUCAGAUGGCAAGUGCAGCGUAAAGUGGUUGUCAUUCCCAAGAGUGUCACUCCCGCUCGCAUUCAGCAGAAUCUCCAGGUGUUUGAUUUCAGCCUCACAGAAGAGGAGAUGAGCCAUAUUGGAAGCCUGAAUAAGAAUUGGCGUUACAUUGUGCCAAUGAUUACGGUGAAUGGAAAGCUAGUAGCAAGAGAUGCUGGACACCCCUAUUACCCCUUCAAUGACCCCUAUUAACUACUAGAAAAUAAGGUGUUAGAGUAACAUGUUCUGCUGUGUGCCCUUACACAAAAUAAUUGUUGCCACAACUUGUCAAAAAACCUGUCCAAAUAAAACCUUCCUUCCUGAGCAGGUUUAUUUACAAUGUACUGCUUCUAAUUGACCUCCUUUCUGGACAUACUGUAGCUUCCAUGUCAAAGUUUGUGGGUUUAUAACAAUGACUGCAAGCUUGCUCCUGGAAGCAUCAAAUAUUUUGGGGAUUAGAUAAAGAGUGGGGAAGUCUAAAUCAAGUUCCAAACGUGUCAUUAUCAGGCUAGGGCAAUACUUUGGGUUUACUGCCUGUGAAACAGUUGUGAAUGCUUUAGUUAUUAACAUGAGGGAAGAAAAAGGGUGAAGGCAUGAAAGCAUUUUAAGACUAAACAACUGCCUAGCCAUCAGCUAUGAUAUCUUUGUUAAAAUUAUUUAUACAGGGAAUAAAGUGAAAUGUGCU